GGCCAUAUAUUUCUCCCAGGAGGAGUGGGGGCACCUUGAUGAGGCUCAGAGAUUGCUGUACCGUGAUGUGAUGCUGGAGAAUUUGGCCCUUUUGUCCUCACUAGACUGCCUUCCGGGAAAAUCUGGAUGCUUGCCGUUUAAAAGCCAGUGAAGCCCCUCCACGUCCUUGGAGCCCCGCAACUGCAUUUCUCAACGCCUCAGGAGGAUCCUCCUGGCUUUCAUCCUGAACGCGAGUUACUUAAGUUCAGAAGCGGGGCAGGGAGCUGCCUGGGAACUACAUUACCCAAAAGACACAGCGGCGGACACAAGCAGCCAGUGUAGCCAAUGAAGGCCUAGCAGAGCUGCGUCUACGUGGGUUCGCAAUGCGUGUGGGCGGGACUUCCUGCAACGACCCAUGGGGUUGUCAAUAUGGCUGCGUUGGGAUCUGUUCACCUUCAGGCUGAGUCGAGACUGAGGUGAAAAAGCGGAAAAACGCGAGAAAAGGUUUCCCCGUUGUACAGAGGCUAGAGUGAGGCUCGGCUGAAUCGGUUGCAGGCGUUGGUGCCUCUGUCAGCGUCCAGGUCACUGCCACUCCCGCCCCGCUCUUCCCUGGCUGUGCUGGCGGAUGCUGCGCCGAUGAACCUGACUGAGGAUUAUAUGGUUUUUGAGGACGUGGCCAUACAUUUCUCCCAGGAGGAGUGGGGAAUUCUUAAUGACGUUCAGAGACACCUGCACAGCGAUGUGAUGCUGGAGAACUUUGCACUUUUGUCCUCAGUAGGUUGUUGGCAUGGAGCCAAGGAUGAGGAGGCACCUUCCAAGCAAUGUGUUUCUGUAGGAGUGUCACUGGUCACAACUUUAAAGCCAGCUUUGUCCACCCAGAAGGCCCAGCCCUGUGAGACAUGUAGCUCACUUCUGAAGGACAUUCUACACCUGGCUGAGCAUGACGGAACACACCCCAAGCGUACAGCCGAGCUUUACCUGCACCAAAAGGAGCAUCUUAGAGAGAAGCUCACCAGAAGUGAUGAAGGGAGGCCUUCGUUUGUGAAUGACAGUGUUCACCUGGCAAAGAGGAACCUCACAUGCAUGCAGGGUGGCAAGGAUUUUACUGGUGAUUCAGAUCUUCAACAACAGGCUCUUCACAGUGGGUGGAAGCCACACAGGGACACUCAUGGUGUGGAGGCCUUUCAAAUUGGACAGAAUGAUUACAGCUGCAGCCAAUGUGGGAAAGAGUUUUGCCACCAACAUAGACUGUUUGAGCACCAGAAAAUCCACACAGAGGAAAGGCCUUAUGAGUGCAGUGAAUGUGGCAAAUUGUUUAGGUACAACUCCGACCUUAUUAAACAUCAGCGAAAUCAUACUGGAGAAAGGCCUUAUAAGUGUAGCGAAUGUGGAAAAGCCUUCAGCCUCAAAUACAAUGUUGUUCAACACCAGAAAAUUCACACUGGAGAAAGGCCUUAUGAGUGCAGUGAAUGUGGAAAAGCUUUCCUUAGAAAGUCUCACCUACUUCAGCACCAGAGGAUUCACACCAGGCCAAGGCCUUAUGUGUGUAGUGAAUGUGGGAAGGCCUUCCUUACACAGGCUCACCUUGUUGGUCACCAGAAAAUUCAUACUGGAGAACGGCCUUAUGGAUGCAAUGAAUGUGGGAAAUACUUUAUGUACAGUUCAGCACUCAUUAGACAUCAGAAAGUUCACACUGGAGAAAGGCCUUUUUAUUGCUGUGAAUGUGGGAAAUUCUUUAUGGACAGCUGCACACUCAUUAUUCACCAGAGAGUUCAUACUGGCGAAAAACCUUAUGAAUGCAACGAAUGUGGGAAAUUCUUUAGAUACCGUUCCACACUCAUUAGACAUCAGAAAGUUCACACUGGAGAAAAGCCUUAUGAGUGUAGUGAAUGUGGGAAGUUCUUUAUGGACACUUCCACACUCAUUAUUCAUCAGAGAGUUCAUACUGGAGAAAAGCCUUAUGAAUGCAGCAAAUGUGGGAAAUUCUUUAGGUAUUGCUUCACACUGAAUAGACAUCAGAGAGUUCACUCUGGAGAGAGGCCUUAUGAAUGCAGUGAAUGUGGCAAAUUCUUUGUGGACAGCUGUACACUGAAGAGUCAUCAGAGAGUUCACACUGGAGAAAGACCUUUUGAAUGCAGCAUUUGUGCAAAAUCCUUUAGAUGUCGCUCCACACUUGAUACACAUCAGAGAAUUCACACUGGUGAAAGGCCUUAUGAGUGUAGUGAAUGUGGGAAAUUCUUUAGGCACAACUCAAAUCAUAUUAGACAUCGGAGAAAUCACUUUGGAGAAAGGUCUUUUGAGUGCACUGAGUGUGGGAGAGUUUUUAGCCAAAAUUCCCACCUCAUUCGGCACCAAAAAGUUCACACUAGGGAAAGAACUUACAAAUGCAGCAAAUGUGGGAAAUUUUUUAUGGACAGCUCCACACUCAUUAGUCAUGAGAGAGUUCAUACUGGAGAAAAGCCUUAUGAGUGCAGUGAAUGUGGGAAAGUCUUUAGAUACAACUCCAGCCUCAUUAAACAUCGGAGAAUUCACACUGGAGAGAGACCUUAUCAGUGCAGUGAAUGUGGAAGAGUCUUUAACCAAAAUUCUCAUCUCAUUCAGCACCAGAAAGUUCACACCAGAUAAAGAAUGUAUAUAUAAAGCAGAUGGGGAAAGGCUUCACACAGAAAUCUACUCUGAUUUAGCACUGGGACCUACUUUUUAAAAAAAGUACUCUUGUAGAAUACAGAUAACAUAAAAUCUAACAUCUUAACCAUAUUAAAGUGUAUAGUUCAGUACCGUUAAGUCAUUCACAUUGUGCAAUGAAUAUCUAGAAGUCUUUUCAACUUAUGAAACUAAGUCUAUACCUUUUAAAACCUUAUUCCUCACUCCAUCCAGCCUCUUGACAAGCACCGCUCUGUAUGAAUUUUACUAGUCCGGGUACCUCAUAUAAGAAAACUUAAGUUUUGGUCUUCUUGUGGUUUAUUUUGUGGCUUACUUUGCUUAACGUUAUAUUUUUAAGGUUUCAUGUUCUAAUCCAUUAGAAUUUCCAUCCUUUUUAAAGGCUGAAUAAAAUUCUGUUACAGUCAUGUGUUGCUUAACAA